AUGCCAAUACAACCAUUGUUUAGUUUAAUCUUGUCACCAGUUACCAAUCAAAUUAACUGGAAGCCACAAUUUUUCCCUUUGGAAAGCACAAGUGUCCAUGCUUAUGCGUGGUCACAACCUUUUUGGCCAUCUCGCCCAGCCCCUGCUCGUACAGUGGCUCAAAAUAAUCAGGACAUCGAAAAUACUGCAUUUGUUUCAUGGUAUCGCCAAGAUCAACUAAUUCAAAAUGCCAUCUUGGCCUCAGUUGAUCCAAAUCUUGCUACUACGGUUGUCGCUGCAUCCACUUCCCAGGCUGCUUGGGAUGCUUUGCACACUGCGUAUGCCAACAAAUCGCAAACAAGGAUAUUUAGUUUGCACGAUCGUCUGGCUCACCUCGCAAAAGAAACCCUUCAUGUCGCUGAUUAUUUGCACCAGGUUCGAUCUCUCUGUGAUGAACUUGCCACUUCUGGAGCUCCUGUGUCCAAUGAGGAACUGAUUGUCAAAAUCCUCACUGGACUUGGACCUGAAUUUCGUGAAAUAUCAGCUGCUAUCCGUGCAAGAGAUUCUGCUAUCUCUUAUCCUGAACUUUAUGAGAAGUUACUUGACCAUGAGCUUUUCAUCAAGCAUGAAGAAGCAAAUAAGCCACUCUCAACACCCAUUACUGCUGCUAUUGCACAACAAAGAAACAUGCAUCCUUGCCAAGGAAACACCUCUAAUAGGCGUUCUAAUGCAACUUCACUGAUGGGCACACCUACCAUGAUCCAGAGGAGAUAG